AUGGCCCGCCAGGUAGAACAAUAUCAGUAUCUCCCGCUCCCAAACCGAACAUCUAUUCGACUGCUUCGCAUCAACACUCGCGACAAGUUCUCGCAGCUCGAAUGCACAUUAAAGACGGUCGACCUCGACUCUGACUCCCCACCCUUUCACGCCCUUUCAUAUACGUGGGGGAAUCCGCAUGCCAAAGCCCGCGAUGAACACAGGUUUACCCAGCAUUACAAUGCCCUAGAUGCAGAGUAUUUGUUCCCCAGCGCCGGGGUCCCGGUUAAAUGUGACGGGAAAAGGCUGCUGGUCAGUCGCAACUUGUACGAUGCAUUGAGAGAUGUGCCUGAGAAUGCGUGGAAGACGUUUAUCAACCGGCGGAACGACAGCAAGGGAUGGACGAGGCUUCAUACGAACUCGAUCAACGGGGAUGCCAAAAGAGUGAAGUCCUUGAUUGCUUCUGGGGUUGACUUGGACACGAGAGACCAUGAAGGCAUGACGGCUCUGGUGUGGGCUGUACGGCUGCAGCGUAGAGAAGUUGUCAAGCUGCUUGCCAUGGCCGGCGCGAAAGUCGAAAUCGCAGAUUAUGAGAAGAAGACAGCUCUGGAUUACGCGCGUGAGAUCAAUGACUGCGAGAUAAUAAGCCAUCUGACAGCGGAGAGGAAGUCUCUGGCCUCGAGCCUGGAAAAGCCUGAGCAGGACGGGCCUGAAAUCUGGCUCUGGGUUGACCAGAUUUGCAUUAACCAAGCAGAUCCGGACGAACGGUCUUUUCAAGUAGAUCUCAUGCAUCGAAUAUACCAUGAUGCUGAGUUUACCCUUAUCUGGCUGGGCAGAGAGGACGGCUAUACCAAAAGAGCUGCAGAGCUCAUACCUAGAUUUGCAAAGGCUGGGAAUCAGUUCAUUGACAGUGCUAUCCUACCUUAUGCGCAGAAUAGCACGGAAUUACAUGCAAGCGAAGGGGUACCUUAUAUCUCAGAAGGGGAAUGGGAUGCUUUGGCAGCUCUAUUUCAGCGACAGUAUUUCCGCAGACUCUGGAUUGUCCAGGAAAUCAUCCUGUCCGGCAUUGUCCUGGCGUACUGCGGUGGAGUUGAAAUCCCAUGGAGGCUUUUCUGCAUCACUGCUCAAAUGCUUCACUACCACCAACAAAAGCUAGGUACCGAGGUCUCUGCAAAGUAUGUCCCUCUGAAUGAGGGCGGCCGUGGGAUUGAACAGCCGAUAGUGCAGCUCCUUGAAUGGCAAGAUAGAUUUGGACCUAACCCCCCGCCUGAUAAGCAGAGAGUAGCAUCUCUAGAGAACCUCAUCUUCGACACCUGGCAUUUUCAUGCUACUGACCCGAGAGAUAAGAUAUACGGCAUAUACGGGUUGCUGAACAAGAAAGCCCAGUCCGGGGAGGGAAGCGAAGUCCGAUGGCGAACUGACUACACGAAACCUGUCGAGCAAGUCUAUGCAGAAGCCACGAAGCGGAUCAUCCUUGACGCUGGCGAACUUCGGAUCUUGUCUGCCGUUCUUGACCAUUCAUGGCGCAAAAUCGAAUCGCUCCCAUCCUGGACUCCAGACUAUAGCGUCACAUGGACGAACAUGAUGUCUAGUUAUUCUAAUGCGGCGGGAAACUUGCCCAUUCCAACUCCAUUGAUCGAACUAUCAGAACCCUGGGGGCAUUUAACAGUGCAGGGUCUUCAGAUUGAUAUGGUGUUAGGAAUUGGCAAAACCACUUCAGGCCCGGCGGACCUUAAACGCUUCUUCGACCCUUCAUGA